GGAUGGCCUCUGGAAUAAAAAUACAUGAAGAGAAUUGAGGCAAAGGAGAAGAUUGCCCGCUCCGAAAAGCGAAAAUACGGCGUUUUCACCGCGCGUAAAACCACCGUUUUGAUCGCGAUGGACGGGGACGCUUCUUAGCACCGCGCCUGGCUUCGUUUUCGCUGUGUUAUGAGUGGAUUUCUUGCAGUUUGGAGCAGACAGAGGCAGAUAACUGUACUGUAUCCCAGGCUAGCGGAUUGGAGUGAUAUCCGCCAUAUUCUGAGUUACCACGCCCGGGAGUCGAGCCAGUGGAAAACACGGACAGCUUUCCCCCAUGCACGUUUCUCUCGCCUUUUUCGCCUCCACUGGACACUAGCCCGAGCGUAUGGGAUAUUUUAGCGGAUAAACAUUGUCGGUACCGCGAGAGGGGAAGCCGGGGCACGGAUGGCAGCGCGUAACGAGGUCCCCCACGGCGGCAGCAGCAGCAGCAGCAGCGGUAUCGGCGGCGGAGGCACGGCGGCACCGGGGAUGGGUCUGGAAAGAAUCUGUUGAUCAUUUCGAGUUGGGGGAAAACACAUCACGCCAAUUACGCGUAACAACUUUUAGCUCCACGCGCUUUUGGACGAGUAUUUGGGAGGUGUCCGAGGCCUGGGAGACUGGGGGGAGGGGGGAAUCUAUCAUAAAUAUAUCUGUUUUUCGCUGGACACAUGAUAAGGGCGUUAUUUUGUUGCAUAUAGACUCGAAUGUGCGCGCCGCUUCGCCCAUAACCAACAGGCCACGGUGGGUUCGCUGUGAAAAACUAGAUGAAUCGCAGCUAAAUAAAAAAAAAAGGGGCGUUGGAUCGGACGAGCAGCCCUUACACGCGCGUGUGUUUGGUUUUAAAAGAGACACAGAAAGACAAUAACAUGACCCUGGAGUCCAUUAUGGCUUGUUGCCUCAGUGAAGAGGCCAAGGAAGCGCGGAGGAUCAACGACGAGAUCGAGAGGCAGCUGCGCCGAGACAAGAGAGACGCACGCCGCGAACUCAAACUGUUGCUUCUGGGCACCGGGGAGAGCGGGAAGAGCACCUUCAUCAAACAGAUGCGCAUCAUCCACGGAACGGGCUACUCAGACGAAGACAAACGAGGCUUCACCAAACUCGUCUAUCAGAACAUCUUCACCGCCAUGCAGGCCAUGAUCAGGGCCAUGGAGACGCUCAAGAUCCCCUACAAAUAUGAGCACAACAAGGCCAAUGCAAACAUCGUGCGGGACGUGGAUGUGGAGAAGGUGUCCAUGUUUGAGAAUCCGUACGUCGACGCCAUCAAGAGUCUAUGGAACGACCCGGGGAUCCAGGAGUGCUACGACCGCCGGAGGGAGUACCAGCUCUCAGACUCCACGAAAUAUUACCUGAACGCUCUGGACCGGAUCGCGGAGCCGGCCUAUCUGCCCACACAGCAGGACGUCCUCAGGGUCCGAGUGCCCACCACGGGCAUCAUCGAGUAUCCCUUCGACCUGCAGAGCGUCAUAUUCAGGAUGGUGGACGUGGGGGGUCAGAGGUCAGAGAGGAGGAAGUGGAUCCACUGCUUUGAGAACGUGACCUCCAUCAUGUUUUUAGUGGCUCUGAGCGAGUACGACCAGGUGCUGGUGGAGUCCGACAAUGAGAAUCGCAUGGAGGAGAGUAAAGCCCUCUUCAGGACCAUUAUCACGUACCCCUGGUUCCAGAACUCCUCCGUGAUCCUGUUCCUGAACAAGAAGGACCUGCUGGAGGAGAAGAUCAUGUACUCACACCUGGUCGACUACUUCCCCGAGUACGACGGCCCUCAGCGAGACGCCCAGGCUGCGCGGGAGUUCAUCCUGAAGAUGUUUGUGGACCUAAACCCGGACAGUGACAAAAUCAUCUACUCCCACUUCACCUGCGCCACCGACACCGAGAACAUCCGCUUCGUGUUCGCCGCCGUCAAAGACACCAUCCUGCAGCUCAACCUCAAGGAGUACAACCUGGUCUAGACUCACGCACACGCUCCAAACCAAGUCGCAAACCCAGUCAAAUGGUCCGCCAGUGUUCAUUCAUUUGCCAUUUGUUGAUCUGAGGAGUUAGUGAAAGCGUUGGGGAGGUUUAAACACGCAGGUCCGACCCUCUCUUUUGGGGUUUUCGAAGUUACGUUUCGGGUUAAUUUCACCUGUGCACCCGAGGGACCCAAGAGCGGAACGUCUGGCUCCUCCCCCCUCUUUUUUAUAAGUCCUUCCUGUGUACCAACUCCCCCCUAAUGGACUGAUUGGAAAGUCGAUAAUUACUAGGCAUAAACUGUGAUUUUUAAAUUAUUUCUUAAUGAUUUCUUCUUGAUUAAUUCAUUGAUUGAUUUCUGAACUUUGGUACAUCUGUUUCGUGGCGCCUCGAAGCACACGGCUGAGGCGAGACUAGUUUAGGAGUAAGAGUCCAACACUAAAACUAGUGCUAACUGCUAACUGCUAACUGACUGAAAGGCAGUGUUUAUUUAUGAACAGUGGUGUACAAUUGUUUAACUGUGCCACAUAUUGCUUUUUAUUCUGGUAGUAUGUAUAUUUAUUGCCAAUGCCAAAAUGUCAGACUCCACUUUUGCGCUGUUUACUACUUUUAAAAGUAUUUACGAGAAACAUGCAGGGCUAGUCGACCGCAAAGAGCGAUUUUUAUGUUCGACUUGAAGGGACUAUCCACGCGAGCUACAAUUUUUUUAAGUAUUUGCGAAAAAGUAUUCUAUUUUAUUCAACCAAUCAGUCGUGAACAUUGCGUAGCCCCUCCCAUCCUUUUUCCGAACACUACACUUAAAGAUGCACCAUGGAACUUUUCUAGCAGAGGCGGAGAAGUUAGAGCUUUGUUUUUGUCCUUAAAAACUGUAUUGAAAAACAUGGAUUCUCACUGGUAGCGUGGUCACCUCUCCACAGAUCUGACAAGUAACCAAGCACCGUGUUUUCUAGACUAUAAGUCGCUCCGGAGUAAAAGUCGCACCAGCCAAAAAAUUUAUAAGGAAGAAGAAAAAAACAUAUAUAAGUCGCAUUUUGGGGGGAAAUUUAUUUUAUGAAAUCAGAGACCAGGAACCCACAUUUCAUCUGGAAAGUCAAGUUAUCGUAAUAGUGAUAACAGAAUAGAGAAUAACAGGCUGAACAGGCGUCUGGUAUGUUAAUGCAACCAACCAAACUCUCCAUCUCACUCCAAAUCACUAAAUCUGUUGAAUUCUUCAUCCUCGGUGUCACUUCCGCAGCCACAUCUAUCUUUUAGCUUGCAAUUAGCUUUUUUUGUUUUCUUCAUUGCAGUUCGAGUAUCCUCCGCUUUUCACCAGUCCCUCACAUGUUUCUCGCUCACUCCAAACUUUCUUUCUGCUGCUCGAUUACCGUUUUCGGCUGCAGAUUUCACUACUUGCAGCUUGUAAUUUGCAGAAUAUGAUGUAACAGUUUAUCGCCGUGUGAUAAAAUAAGUUAUGAUGCUAAAUGAACAUUAGUGAGUGGAAUAUGUCUUGACCCGUAUGAGUUAAAUGCAGGUGAGUGCGUAAAUGACGAGAAGAAAUGCCUCAAACUUCAGUAUUCAGACAUCCACUCACACCUGAUCGAUACACCUAUCCCCGCCUCCGAGAGAGUCUGAAAUCUGCUGAAAUCCUCCAAGACACUGACAUGAUACAGGCAGGACAGCGGCUCUUUCUGCAGGAGACAUGCGCAGUAGAGCGAAAAGUGACAGUGGUACAAGAGGAAUAGGAGCAGCAGAUACUGACACACAAGACUAGAGCGCCCUCUCGUGGCUGUCAGGGUGGAAAAAACAAACAUGUGACAUUAUAUAUUUGAAUAUAUAAGUCGCACCUGAGUAUAAGUCACAGGAAACACCCAAGCCAUGAAAAGUGCUUCUUAUAGUCCAAAAAUACGGUAUUAAGGUUGGGGUUAAGUUUAAUUCCAUUCUGAGUAGUGUUCUGAAUAUCGCAGCACUAAAAUCUCAGACUCAGUUUUGAAACUUAGGCAACAGAAUGUGAUUUUUAACAAUAAACGGUAGUACUUUCUUUUGUAUUACCAUGUGGUCUUAUAUCUGUGUGAUUCCUCAGACCAGUACAUGUCCAUGGACCAAUAUGAAACCCACCUGGACGACUUUUUAAUCUUGUUCUAAACUUAAGUUCAUUUUAAAUCGAUUCAGGAAAGGUUCAUUUCUGUGAAUGCGACGUUUUUAGUAUCAACACCUGCUCAAAUGAAUAUCUAGUUUCAAUACCUGAUUUUAGAUCCUUUUGACAGCGAUAAUACUGAGGCAAAGCAGGUGGCGUACCCUUCCCGAGAAAAGUUCCACGGUGCAUCUUCAACGAUUGUGACUAAUUUGUACUUAAUCAAAAUGAGUUGUUUCAGUUUGUACCAAAGUAAGUCAAUGAUUUAAAACGGUUCACAUUGGCGACACAUAGUUUGAACACAAAAAGCCUGUAAUUUACAUUUAACUGAGGCAUAGUGCAAUUCUGAAUGCUAUAACCAUUGUACAUACAUCUCUAUAUAUGGCAGCAUCUUGUUGGCUUUGUAAUCAUAACUUUUUUGGCAGAUUUGAAUGUGCGGUAUUGAAAACUAUGUAUCUGUGUAAUUGUACUGUAUGUCUAACAGCUAAUUCAUUUUUGAGAGACGAAAAUGUUAUUGUUUUAUUUUCCUUUUUUAAGAGGAGAAUGUACAUUUUGUGUAAUAAUUUUUGUUUUUUUUCAAAUUUUUAUUUCAUAGCAAAAAGGAACAGCUUCAGAAACGCGAAAUGACAAAUUCUAAUCUUAACCACGUUGAAGUAUGCCAGUAUAGUAUCCUGUUUUGUUCAAUCGAUUUUUAUAUGAAAGUAAUCAUUACAAAGUGAAUCCAAUGGACAGGGCUCUUGUAGUGUUGUAGUUGUAAAGACAUUGUUUUUUAUUACACGGUUUAUUAAUGCUUUGCUGGAGCACUGCACAUUUUUGUACCUGCCCCACACGCCGCCAUUUUAGACCAGUCUGAACUCAUCUGUGCCACAAAGAAAACCCCAAAGUGCAGUUGUGACAAGUUCGAAACAGAUGAGCCAAUGAGGGGAGGCCUACACUGCAAACAAGAAUAUUCUAGAUUGGUUCAAAUGACCUGAAAUCUGCAUUAUAAUUCACAUUUCUUCUGGUUUAAUCCUGAUGAAGACUUCUCAAGGUGUUGUCCUAGUCCUGGUUUAGUUUUGAGUUCUGGUUUAGUCCAGGUUCUGGGUCUAGUCUAAACUUGUGGUGGUUUGAUCCUGGUCUAGUCCAGUUUUAGACCCAGUUUAGUCUCAGUUAGUGGUUUGGUCCUGGUUCAAAUCUCAGUUUAAUCUAAAUUUUGAGAAUCCUAAAUCCCAAAAAGUUGAAUUGACGGUGGAAAAAAACUCACAAAAUAAGAUUAUACUGAUAUGGUGCAACAUAAAACAAGGAAUAAUUAUAGUAAUAUUUUUAAAUGGUUUGGUCCUGGUUUAGUUCUGGGUCUAGUUCCUGUUUUGAUGUGGUGCAUGUGCAAGUGUGAUGCACCCUUAAUUUCAGCAGUUUUCAGUUUAAUUUAUUUUUGGACCUGGAAUAUUUGACUUAUUUCGAUGCUUACUUAAAUACAUACAUUAAAUACAUUAUUUACAGUCACAUUUUUUACUAACAAGAAGAUGGAAAAUUCUCACAUUUAGGCCUCAGUCGUUUCAGUAUUUCUACAGUUUGAGGUGACGAUAACCCUAAAACAUAAAAAUAUAAAUAUAUAAAAAGUCGACAGGUUAAAAAUUCCACGUCCAAACUACUCAAAUCGUUCUGAGACAUUUUGAACCAAGGCUCGAUAUUCCUUUUUUUUGCAGUGUACGGCUCCCCAGAAGGGACAAGUCUCAUGUCGACCACAAAUGUCCAAACGAAAUGAAAACCAAAUGUGUUCGCUUUAGCCUAGCGUCAUAACCCUCUGGUCUGUUUUCCCUUUCUUCUGUGAUUCAAUCGAUUCAAAAAUAAAAGAGUAUUUUAUUUCACUUGACAAAGAAAUAGUGACUUUAAAUAAAUGCAUCAUGUCGUCUUU